AUGGAUUCAAGCAGGGGGUGUUGAUUAAUUAAUUUAUCUUUUUUCCUUAAUUUAGACUUUAUAAGAAAUUUUUAUUUCAAAAUGAGCGUUUUUAAAUCUGCAAUGGGGUACUUCAGCUCAAGUGGCGCAAACGGUGGUAGUGAAAAUGAUUUUGUUGGUCAAUUUGUCGAAAUCGGUAACAUGAAAUUGAGAGUAAAAAAGGUGAUUGCAGAAGGUGGUUUUGCAUUUGUGUUUGUUGCGCAAGAUGUAACUACUGGCACUGAAUAUGCCUUAAAGAGAUUAAUGGCUGCUGAUGAACAAGCAAACAAGAACAUCAUCCAAGAGAUCAGUAUUCUAAAGAAGCUGUCAGGUCAUCCAAAUAUAAUUAAAUACAUAGCUGCAUCGUUUAUUGAUAAAACAAAAACCUCUCAUGGGAUGGGAGAGUACCUUCUGCUGACUGAUCUUUGCAGCGGUGGAAGUCUGAUGGAGGCCUUACAGAAUAGAGGGCAGGCAUUCCCUCUACCAACAAUACUUAGAGUAUUUUAUCAAACCUGUAGAGCAGUUCAGCACAUGCACGCACAAGUCCCACCUAUUGCGCAUCGUGAUCUUAAAUUAGAAAAUUUUCUAAUAUCCAAUGAAGGAACAAUGAAGUUGUGUGAUUUCGGGUCUGCCACAACUGAUGUGUACUCGCCUAAUCCAUCAUGGAGUGCUAACCAAAGAAAUAUGUUGGAAGAAAAUUUGGCCUUAUUCACUACGCCUAUGUACCGUGCUCCAGAGAUGUUAGACACCUGGGAUAACCGGAAAAUAGACCACAGUGUCGAUAUGUGGGCUUUGGGGUGCAUAUUAUACACCUUGUGUUACAUGCAACACCCCUUCGAAGAUUCCGCUAAGCUGGCAAUACUUAAUGGAAAUUACAAUUUGAACCCUAACGAUCAACGUUACAAAUGUUUUCAUGAAAUCAUAAGUGGAUGUCUAACAGUGAAUCCCGCUGACAGGAUGACGAUAACCAAUGUGUUGGAGCGGCUGGCUGCGAUAGCGGAAACUCAAAAUGUCAAUCUCAAGCAACCACUGAAAUUUGAGCGUAAAAAAGUUGAACAAUCUGUGGCCACUAGCUCGCCAGCGAACAGAGAUCCUGUAUCAAACAGCCAGGAAGCACCGAACUCCAGGCCCCCGGAGCCCAGCCGCCCCCCGCCCCCCGCGCGGCCCCCGGCAGCGCCCUACCAUCAGCCGCCGCUGCCGCAACCGCCCGUGAAUUCUGGAGGACUCUUUUCCUCGAUAAAAGGAGGAGCGGGAAGCUUCUUGAAGAAUUUGAAAGACACUUCAUCGAAGGUUAUGCAAACUGUACAACAGUCUAUUGCGAGAACCGAUUUAGACAUAAGCUACAUUACCAGUCGUGUUAUUGUAAUGCCAUAUCCUUCUGAAGGCCUCGAGAGUGCAUAUAAGACUAAUCACAUCGAUGAUGUUAGGGCAUUUCUGGAGAGUCGUCACCCUGGCGGGAAGUACUGCGUGUACAACGCGUGUCGUGGCGGUCGCCUCACGUUCGGGCGCCACGUGCUCGUGACGGACGCGUGCCGCGCGCUGUGGCCCACGGGCGCGCACCGGGCCCCGCUGUUGGCGCCCUACUACGCGCUGCUGCAGCACAUGUACCAGUAUCUAGCCAAGGACGACCGUAACGCCAUCGUUAUUACGUGUCAAGACGGCAAACAGAUGUCGUGCAUGUUGGUGUGCGGACUGCUGCUGUACUCGAAACUGGUGACCGUGCCGGAGGAUGCGCUGCAGAUAUUCGCGGUCAAGAGAUCCCCCAUCAACAUGCCGCCUAGUCAACUCAGAUACUUAUAUAUGCUUAGUAAUAUCAUAAGACCAGAUCCCAUACUUCCUCACUUCAAGCCGGUGUCGUUCAUAUCUAUGACGAUACAGCCAGUUCCGCUGUUUACAAAAGCAAGGGACGGAUGUCGACCUUACAUUGAGAUAUACAACGAAGAUCGUCUUGUUUUGUCAACUCUACAAGAUUACGAUAGAUUGCAUCUCUAUGGAAUAGCCGAGGGAAAGGUAACGUUACCGUUGGACAGCACGGUGACUGGCGACGUUUGCAUUUGUGUGCUACACGCGAGACAGCAGCUCGGCCGAGUACUGGCCGUGCCCGUACUGUCCCUGCACUUCCACACCGGCGCCCUCUCGUACGAUCAGCACGCCAUUAAAUUUACAAGAUCCGAAAUAGACGGUAUCGAUGAAACGGUGCCAGUGAACGAUCAUUUUUCGGCGAACACGUCCGUUAUCAUAAGUCUCGUGGUACAAAACGGCGAGAGGAGGAAACCUCGCAGCGACCUCUGGGAAGAUGACCCGUCGUUUCCGGUUCGCACCCCGGACGUACUGUUCUCUACUUCAUUAGAGAGGGACGAAACUAUCGAUAACUUUGUAACCGCAGACUACCCUACAAGAGAGGUAGAGAAGCCCAGGCCAUCCCGUCCCGCCCCUCCCUCCCCGCAGCCCCCGCAGCGCCCCCCUCCCCCGCGGCCGCUCCCCGCAGAGCCACAGGAGAACACAGCAGACUUCUUGAACUUAAACACGAACCAAACUCGUCAAUCGGAAGAGAAAACCGAGAAGAAAUUGAAGAACGAAGAUUCUUUCGACUUUUUUGGGAUGAUGGAGAAAGAGACUGAUGAUACAUUUGGUGAUUUCCUCAGCAACAACGCGGAGAAAGCGCAACAGCAGUUCGCAUCGGAAUCGAUAUUCGGCGACCUCCCCGCCCCUCCCUGUGACAACACGGAAGCAAAACUCAACGUGAACUCCAGCGACCCACUGAACUUUGACCCCUUCGGAUUGAACGAUCCGCUGCCGAAACAGGAACCUUUGCUCACACCACAACUCAUUCAAGAAGACGGAGGUCGUCUACCAAAUAUCCAACCGGAGGCCCCACAAGCGAGCCGAAAGGAUCCGUUCGAGCAGCUCGGCGACGUGCUGGAGGCGAUGACGUCACAGAGCGGCACCCCCCGCGUGUCCCCCGCGCCCACCCCCGCCCCCACCCCCGCGCACCGCGCGCACACCCCCCUGGCCAACUCGCCCGCCCACCAGCCUGACUACAGCCGGACACACUUUGAAACGGCAAAGACUCCGGGCGAUGAGAAGACUAAGAAAUCAACGGACGUGUUUGGCGACCUGCUGGGCAGCCAGGGGUACGAGUUCGCGAGCAAACGCGACACCGGACCCAAGACUAUGAACGCCAUGAGGAAAGUCGAGAUGGCGCAAACCAUGGACCCGGAGAAACUCAAGAUCUAUGAAUGGACGGAGGGGAAGAAGGCCAACAUCCGCGCCCUCCUGUGCUCGCUGCACACGGUGGUGUGGGAGGACUGCCGCUGGAGCCGCUGCGAGAUGUCGCAGCUCGUCUCCCCCGCCGACGUCAAACGGAACUACAGGAAAGCGUGUCUAGCCGUGCACCCUGAUAAACAAGUGGGAACAUCGAACGAGAACAUAGCUAAAAUGAUAUUUAUGGAACUGAACAAUGCGUGGAGCGAUUUCGAAAACGACACUAAACAACAGAACCUAUUCCAAUCUUAAAAAUAUAGACAAUAUCAUAUUAUUUAUUGUUUUUAUCAAAUUUAGAUGAUAUGUUAUGAUAUGUAUGUAGAGCACAUCAAAGAGUAAUUGAAUUUUAUGUUGAAUUUAUGUAUAAUAUGCUUUUAAUGUGUAUAUUUUGUGCUGAAAAACACUUAAUUAUCUAUGUUGAUUACAGUAUUUCUCUAUGCUGAUAUCCAGAAAAAAAUGUUAUUCUUAAAUGAGUUUUUUUUUUUUAAAUCAAUGUGGGAUAUUAGUGAAACAAUUUUCCAUUUGUUUUAUAUAUAGAUUAGUGUCUGAUUGUGUGUUUUGUUGUCUUACCUGAAAUGAUCUGCUUAUUUGUAAGGUUCUCUUGCAGGCUGGUUAAUUUCUAGAUUAUCAAUCGUUUGUAUUCUUAAGCAGGGUGCGAGCCUGUUGGCUUUGGAAAUAACUCGUGGAUAGUAAGCGGCACGUAAGUUGGCAAGGUUUUGGUGUAGUGGGGGUAAUGUCACGCAUGGUGCACAUUGCAACAAAAAAAUUGUCACUUUUA